CCACGACAUACCCAGCACACUUUCGUGCGCCACCUGAUCCGCGCCAUCGCCGCCGCCGCCUCAUCAAAGAGGCUCAACGACGACCUGCCUGCUUGCCUGCGCCACUGCCCGCACGCCUGCUCCCUGGCCGGCUCUUGCCAGCGCGCUCGUCCCGCUUCGGCUCCUAGCUCACGGCACGGGCCCCUCUAGUGAGCGAGCUGUGCAUCUCCGUCGCUCCGGCGAGCAUACAUCCAUUUCUUCACAUCUACAUCAUCCCAUCGAGCCAUGCCGCCUGCAAAGCCACCGUACCCCGUCCGCGCCGACGAGGCGCGGCGCCCCGUCCACGGCGUCGACGUGCGCAGCGUGCAGGAGCGGCGCCUGGGCGAGUUCGUGGGUGGACAGUACUCCAAGUACAACCUCAGCUCCGUCCUGUUCGAGGCGCGCACGGACAAGUCAGACGCUAUCAGCAUCGAGCGCUGGGACCCAAAGGCGGGCGAGAAGCCCGGCUUCGACGAAGCGGUGAAGCAGGUGUACCGGCCGGCUAAGAAGGGUGACCAAUUUGGGCCGAGCUGGACGAAUCACUGGGUCCGUCUGACGAUCAAUGUGCCGAGCGCGUGGCACAACAAGGAAUGGGUGGAGCUCGAGUUUGACCCGGGAUGCGAGGCCCUGAUCUUCGACACCGAGGGCGUGACACUGCAGGGCAUCACGGGCGCGUACGACAGCAACCGCCGCGUCGACUUUCCGAUCACGGCCAAGGCGCGCAAGUCGGAGCUCGUGCUCUACAUCGAAGUGACGUGCAACGGCAUGUUCGGCGUCGAGAACUCGCGCGAGGGCGAUCCGGACCCGAACCGCUACUUCACGCUCGCCAGCUGCGACCUGGUCGUCAAGAAUGCAGAGGCAUGGCGACUGCUCUGGGACUUUCAGCUGCUGCGCGGUCUUGUCGACGAGAUGCCGCGCGACGGUCCGCUGCAGAACAAGGCGCUUUGGGUGGCCAACAAGAUCCAGGACACUUUCCGGCAGGACGAUCCCGCCACGAUCGGCGAGUGCCGGCGCAUCGCGCAGGAGGUGCUCGGCAAGGACUGGGACAAGCUGGAGGAGGGCGUGUAUGAGCAGGGCAACCGCAAGGACAGGGACGACACGGCCUUGUGGAGCCUCGGACACUGCCACAUCGACACUGCGUGGCUGUGGCCUUUCUCGGCCACGCAGCAAAAGGUCGCGCGCUCCUGGACAACGCAGCUCGAUCUGAUGGAGCGCUACCCUGAGUUCCGCUUCACUGCCUCGACUGCGCAGCAGUACGUCUGGCUCGAGAAGCUGUAUCCCAAGACCUUCACGCGGCUGCAGAAGGCCGUCAAGCGCGGCACGUUCCAGCCCAUUGGCGGUACGUGGGUCGAGUGCGACGGCAACUUGCCGAGCGGCGAGUCGUUCGUCAGACAGUUCCUGUACGGCCAGCGCUACUUUGAGAGCCGCUUCGGGCAGCGCUCAAACAUCUUCUGGCUGCCUGACUCGUUUGGAUACAACGCCCAGCUGCCGGCGCUCGCGCGAGGCGCAGGCUGCGACUACUUCUUCACCCAGAAGCUGAGCUGGAGCAACGUCAACCGCUUCCCGCACAACACAAUGGUCUGGGUCGGACUCGACGGCACGCAGAUUAUCACGCACCUCACGCCAGUCGACAACUACGACAGCCAGUGCGGUGUCGGCGACCUCGUGCGCGGCAUCAAGAACAACAAGAACCUGAACGUUCAGCCAUCGGCGCUUCACCUCUUCGGCUUUGGCGACGGAGGAGGUGGUCCGACGGCGCCUGAGCUCGAGGCUCUGCGACGCGCCCGAGCCGUACACAAUGAGGGCUACACCGAGAUGCCAAAGGUAUGUCGCUUGUUCCCCGUCUCACCACGGCUGAUCCAGAGGUCGCGCCAGGUCACCGUGGGCAAGAGCGCUCAGGACUUCUUCGAGCACGUCACGAAGAUCACCGACAACGGCGAGCGCCUGCCGCGCUGGUCUGGCGAUCUCUAUCUUGAGUUCCAUCGCGGCGUGCAGACGAGCCACGGCUCCAUCAAGCGCUGGAAUCGCAAGCUCGAGAUCAUGAUGACGCAGAUCGAGCUCGCCGCCACGCUCGCAAGCCUGCGCGAGAAGGGCACGUACAAAUACCCCAAGGAGCAGAUCGACCAGCUGUGGGAGAACAUCAUGCUGUGCCAGUUCCACGACGUGCUGCCAGGGAGCUCCAUUCGUCUGGUCUACGACGAUGCCGAGCGCAUCUACAAGGAGACGGCAAAGCUCGGCGCGAAGCUGCUCGAGGAGGCGAACGAGGCGGCCACCGGCUCUCGUCACGUCCUCAAGGCUACUAACGCGCUCAACGUGCGCCGCCGCGAGCUAGUCGAGGUCGAAGCAUCCCGCCUCGCCUCACUUCCCGGCGUGCCGACGGUGCAGAUGCUUGACGGCGGCGCAAAGGCCCUUGUGCUGAUGGAAGACGGGCAUGGCACCGGCGAGGCUCGGCCCACGAGUCAUAACGGCCCAGAGCACAGAGCCUACGCGACCGAGUCAAACGGCACCUUCACCUUGCGCAACGAGCUCGUGUCGCUCUCCAUCUCCAAGGGCCACAUUAGCAGCCUGCGAACCCGCCACGCGGAUGGCCACUGGCUGGAGCUGCUGCAGCGCGGACAGCGAGCCGGCCUGACCAUCUGCGAGGACUAUCCGCCGCAGUUCGAUGCCUGGGAGACGGAGAUCUACUCUCUCAACACGACGACGGACAUUGCUUUCAGCUCCGUCCGCAUCGCAGAGAAAGGGCCCUGGAGGUCCUCGCUCGCCCUUGAGGCGAGCUUCGGCAAGAGUCACGCGGUCGUGCACAUCUCUCUCGAUGCCACGUCUGCGAGCGUCGAGGCGCAGCACCCGCUGGCAAUGCUGCGCUUCGAUGCCGAGGUCGACUGGCAUGAGAAGCAUCGCUUCCUCCGCUUCGAAGUGCCAACGGUCCUCAGCGCCGAUCUGGCGAGCUACGAGACGCCGUUCGGCGUGACGAAGAGACCUACAGCGCGCAACACGACGUGGGACGCAGCGAAGUUUGAAGUCUGCAGCCACAAGUUCUUCGACCUGUCGGAGUCCGGCGUCGGCCUCUCCAUCCUCAACGACUGCAAAUACGGAGCGAGUGUCGAAGGAGGUCGGAUGCGUCUGUCGCUGCUCAAGGCGCCAACCUACCCCGACGCGCACACCGACGAGGGCAAGCACCAGAUGGCCUUUGCGCUGUUGCCGCACCAGGGCCCGCUCACGGUCGCCACGGUGCACGCUGCGCGCAUCUUCAAUGCGCCCCUCCAGCCGCUCACCUCGCGCGGACCCGAGUAUCCACGCCGCAUGCCGGUGCGGCUGACGCAGCCCAGAGGCGGCAGCGUGGUGCUCGAGACGAUCAAGCGCGGCGAGGCCGACUUUGACUACCACGCGCGCUCGGGCGCCGGCACGAGCAUCGUGUUGCGCAUGUACGAGGCGCUCGGCACGCAUGUGCGCGCCACGGUGCACAUCAAGGACCUGGCCGUCGCCUCCGUCUCGCUCACGAACCUGCUCGAGGACGACAUCGACGAUGAGCCUGCGACGCCGUCUGCUGAGCAGCAGGCGGACGAGUGGGUCGAUGUUGCCAGCCGAGGCCUGCGCUGCGGUGUCGGCGAGGACGGCGAGACGACGGUGGCGCUCGCCUUCCGGCCGUUCCAGAUCGUCACCCUCAAGAUCGUCCUGGCCUGAGAUGUGGGGCCGAUACAGCGCGCCAUAUGUAGCCCUGCAGGCGUGCUGAGCCCAUCACGCUCAGUGCUGCACCCUGCUGGCGCCAUCCUAGCCUUUGUGUAAUGAAUCCAUGUCCUGCGUCCGACCU